UUGGGACUGGGACAACUUCAGAAGUCAGUGGUGUGACUGAGGGGUGCGGUCGUAUUUGAAUGCAACUUUUCAUUUGCGUUACACUAGCGCAGUUUCGUACGUACGUUCAGUACUACUCAGGGCUAUAACAGAUGACAACCCUAAAUACUGGAAAACUUAACACGGCUAAAAAGUAUUCUUGAUGCUUUUAUCAGUGCCGACUCGUUUUAGCGCGAGGAAGCACUCAAAUCGUGCGUAAAAGCAUGCCUCAGGGUCCAAUGGAUUACAGCAAAACGAUGGCUCCACCGGUUCCGCCGCAUAAACCCAAAGUGACCAGGCUGGGAGAAACUCAGGAGCGGAUUCUCAAGUGUGUUCUUUUGGGCGAUGGAGCGGUGGGGAAAACAAGCCUGGUUGUCAGCUACACUACCAAUGGCUACCCAACAAAAUACGUCCCGACUGCAUUCGAUGACUUCUCAGCGGUCGUGCAGGUGGACGGGAGCCCGGUUCGGCUACAGCUGUGUGACACCGCUGGACAGGACGAGUUCGAUAAGCUGAGGCACUUCUGCUACCCGCGGGCCGACGCCCUUCUGCUGUGCUUCAGCGUGGUGAGCCCCGCCUCCUUCCAGAACGUGUGGGAGAAGUGGGUGCCCGAGAUCCGCCGGCGGUGCCCGCUCACCCCCGUGCUGCUGGUGGGCACGCAGUGCGACCUGCGCCAGGACGUCAAGGUGCUGAUCGAGCUGGCGCGCCGCAGGGAGCGGCCCGUGCCGGAGGCCGACGCCCGCGCCCUGGCGGACAAGGUGGGCGCCGUCACCUACGUGGAGUGCUCCGCCCUGACGCAGAAGAACCUGAAGGAGGUGUUCGACGCCGCCAUCGCCGUGGGCCUGCGCCACGCCGACAGGCGCGACCGCAGGGAGCGGAAGGUCCGCAGCACGGCCGACAAGAUGAAGAUGCUCUCCAAGUCCUGGUGGAAGAAGUACGUCUGCGUACAGUGACCCACAGACACUGCAGUAGGGUGGGGUAGUGUGUGGGGCAGGGGGACUUUUAUUCUGAAACGAGGACUCUUAAUCUUGAGCCGGAGACGGAGAAUGUCAGAUAUGACUGGGAUGGCCUACCGUGAACACUGUAAAAGUGGAUAGGAUUGCUCAGAGGAGCUUGGCCUGUACGACUACCUAUUAGAUCUUCAAGUGGAAGGGCAUUCAUUCUUCUCAGUGUUCCAAAGAGGUGAACGAGCAGCAAGGGCUGUAUGUUGCUGGUCUCUAUGAGCUGGAAACUGGGACAUUGAGAUUCUGUUUUCAGGCUGUGAUCAACUGACUCUAAAACAAAGCCAUGAUAUUUAAAGCGAAAUAAUUAUUCUUUCAUGUAAAUGAUGCGGAUAUAUCGUAUUCUUUUUUCUUUUUUUUUUGUUGGCGGGGGGGGGGGGGGGAUGCUGGGCAAGGUAAAAUUGUCAUGUUGUAUCUGUUCAGUGGAUCACAGAACAUACAUGCACAUCCAAAACUGUAGACAGCGGACUGAAUAAAAAAGGAAGAGUCCACACACUGCGUAUGCUCCCCAGUGCCAUACAUUUCAACCGGAAAGUACUUCCUUUGUAUUUGUUCCAAAAUGUUGGUAUGCUGAUUUUUUUUUUCCAGAUCCUGUUCUGUUUACUGUAUUUAUUAUGUCUUGUUUUUUUUCCUUUUUCUGUCUGUACGCUUUGUUUUUCGUCAUCAUCUCUUUCUCAGUCCCGGGGAUUUCCAUCCCCUCUCGGGCUGUGAAGGCGGUUUUUUUACGCGGAGACUGCAGAGAUAAGAGCAUGCUGAGAUUUCAGGUUUCUUCCAGCUGUGAUGUUUUCUUCCAAGUUUUACACUUCAUAGCCCUGUCAUCAGUACUCAUUAUGUCAUGUCAAGUCUCCCUGUCGGUUCAUCACUCCAUGUUGCACCAUGCAGAUUUAAUUUAACCUCAACUAAGGAACCCCUUUGUCCGGUUCAACCUUGACGUCCAGUUGUUCAAAAUGGCCGACAGUGUUUUACAGGUGAUCUAAUCAUCACCUUGAUUUAAAUGAUCAAUGAAUGUGUUCAGGCUUCACUAAUGAGUGGUGCAAAAAGGCUGAAUUGACCAGGAUUAACUCCUAAUUUAGCAUUUUGCCUAGAUUAUUAGACUAUUAGAUUCACUGUUAAAAAAAAAGCGUGCUUGAACAGCCAAACAAAAUGGAUUCUAUUGCUUCUCAUUCUUCAGAAGCUAGCCUGCUCUAUCUCUUUGUGUUUUAAUCAAAUGAGGGUAUUGCAAUAAACUGUACAGCCACUGAUCAAACAAGUGAAUAAAUAUGUGAAAGAUUAA